AUGGUAAAUAGUGAAAGGGGUGGAGAAUAUGGAGUGGAAAGGGAGGGGAAGGGGAAGGGGAGGAAACGCUUGAACGAUAAAGUUACGGUAAAUGCAUUGGGUAGUAAUGAUGCUAAUGAUGGUGAUGAUGGUGAUAAUGAUGAUGAUGAUGAUUAUGAUGAUGAUGACGAUGAAGUGAUGAUUGUGAUGAUGACGAUUGUGAUGUUGAUGAUGAUGAUGUAA